UGAUAUUAUAUCGCCAGUUGCUAUUCGAAUUGUUUUGUUUUGCUUUUUUUCGUCAAUUUGAUUAAUUAAAUGGAUAAAUAUGUUAUUGAUUUGGAUAAAGUUCUUGAUGAGCUUGAGCUAAACGAUAAUUAUGAUGGUAAUGAUUCAAAUAAUCGUCAAUCAAAUGUUCAAUAUGAUUCUACAAAUAAUUUAAUAAUCGAUUUGAAUGAUGCUGAUUUUUCUAUACAUUCAAAGCCGCCUAAAUUUUUGAUAUCAAAUUCAUCUCCAUCAUCACCAUUAUCUAAUUCUAAUGAUGUUUUGGUUGAACCAAACAAUAAUAUUGAAAUUUUAAAUAAAUCAAAUCAAAAACCUGAAUAUGAUUCUUGUUUAACUGACCACAAAAUUGAUGACGAUGAUAAAGUGAUUAAUGAUGAUCUAUCUGUGAUUGAGCAUACAAAUGUUGAUUCAAAAAAAUCUACUCAAUCCGAAAUCAUUCAUCAAAUUGAUCAAAUAUCGAAUGAUAAUGAAGAACAACAAAAUAUUGAUGAGAAUGACAAUUCUGAAUCAAAACAUUCGAAUUGUUUAAUCAAUGAAAAACAAACCUGUGAUAAUGAAUGUAAUCUAGUUUCGAAUGAAAAUAUUUCCGAUCAAGUAGUUUUGGAUGAUCAAAAAAUUGAUGUUAUCAAUUUAGUUGAUGAAUCGACUACCAAUGAACUUCAAAUCACAUCGGAAGAAAAUGUCGACAAACCAAUUGAUCAUUGUGAGAAGAAUAAAAAUGAUCUUGAUGAAAAUACAAUUGGAGCAAUGAGUGAAGAAGAUCUUGAUCGAUAUCUUGGUGAUUUGAAUGAUGAUCUGGAAGAAUUUGAAAACAAUACUUCAAUCACGAAUGAUUCUCAACCAGCACAACAAUCCGAACCUCCAGAUCGAUCGAUUAACGAAAACAAGGAUGAACAACUUGUACAACAAGAAAUCAAACAAAACGAUUCGAUAUUGAUAGAAAAUGGUGAUAAUCAAGCAGCGAUAAAAACCAGUAAAAACAAUAACAGUGAAUCCGAAAUCACUAUAAAGUCGGAACUAAUAGCAAACAAUAAUGAUGAUGAAGAUAAUGUUGAUGAAAAUGAAUAUUGGUCACGAAAACUUGGUCUCAAUGAUAAUGACAAAAAUGAACAAAAUCGUGCUAUCGAUGAUGAUGAUGGUGAAGAGGAACAAGCACAACAGCUACAGGAAUUGGAAGAAAUUCUUGCAAAUUCUAAUGAGCAACAACAACCAAAACCUGUGUCGCAAACAAAUUCAGAAAACAACAACCAAUCUGAUGAAACAAACAGAACGAAUGAAACACGUGGUGGAUUGGUACAGAAUAUCAAUUAUUUUGAACGUCAAGAGAUGCCAAACGGUCUAACAGAAGAGGAACAAAUGUUGGGUAAAGUUAGACCAUUUUGGAUACCGGAUGAAGAUGCUCAAAAUUGUUUACAUUGUGAUGUUAGAUUUACAUUGAUCAAACGACGUCAUCAUUGUCGUUCUUGUGGUAAAGUUUUAUGUUCACAAUGUUGUAAUUUUAAAGCACAAUUACCAUAUCUUGAAUAUAAAGAGGCAAGAGUUUGUCAAUUAUGUUAUGCAAUAUUAAUGAAAAUUGAAGAAAUUGAACGAAUCAAUGGUCACCAAUUGGAUAUUUCAAAUCAUCAAAAUAAUGAAAAUAAUAAUGAAUCAAUAGCAAACAAUUCACAAUCCGAUCAUCCACCUGAUCCAAAUAAUCCAUCCGAAUAUUGUUCAACAAUAUCACCAUUGGAACAAGUUUCCGAAGCUAUUAAUCUACCCUUACCAACCGUAAUGGUUCCUGUUGGUGUUUUAAAACGUACUAAUGGUAAUAAUCGACGAUCAAAUAAUUCAUCAUCCGAUUCAUCGAACAAUGAAAUAACAACAGUAAAACAGGUAAUAUUUUCUGAUGGUGUUCGUCCGGGUGGUGAUCUAGUCGAACAACCAACAUCAUCGUCAUCGACUAGUAACAAUACUAAUAAUAGUAAUUGUAAUAUGGAUGCCAAUCAUAAACCAGUGAUUACUCGAACACAACUUCAAGUUAAAUCACCAUUAGCUGAAAAAAUAUUGGUUCCAUUUGAAAAUUUUUCCAAACGUUUUAAAUUUAGUCGAAUAGUUGUAUCGGAUUCUAUCAAUGGUCAAACAUUACCACCAAUUAUUAAUUAUAAUGAGCUCAAAUCGAUUAAUUCAUCAUUACCAUCGAAACCAAAUUAUGGUCAAUUAUUAGAAAUUUUACGUGAUCCACAAUUGCCUUGGAUUACAUUUGGAUUGACAAAAAAUCUUCAUAUCAAUACGAAAAUUAUUUCGAAAACCUGUUGCAAUAGCCAAGAAUGUUGGUCAUUUUCAAGCAAAGGCUUGGCAUCGGUUGGCCAAGAUGAAAUUGUCUGUGUUAUUGAUUGUCAAUCAUUACGUCGUUGUUCGAUAACAGUUACAAAUGAUGAACGGUCACAAAUUUCUUCCUCUUCUUCUUGUUCACAAAAUUCAUCGGAAAUGUUGUUAGAAUUUCCCAGAGAUGUUUUACGAAUGUAUACUACAUUAUAUGAUAGUGCUUCCACUGCUAAUCUUUAUAUGGAUCUAAUGCAUAUAUUUUUUCCUGAUGGUUUGUUUAAUAACAAAGAAAACAGUGGUUUUAUAUUUACGCGGCCAACGAUGCAAUGUUUACGUAACAUACAUCUACCACCGCCACCAUUCCUAAUAGCCAUAUUGAUACAUAGAUGGGAAAUUCCAUGGGCAAAAAUUUUUCCACUUCGAUUGGUAUUACGUUUAGGUUAUGAAUAUAAAAUGUAUCCAUCACCUGUGAUUAGCUAUGCUAAUCGUAAAUCUGCCUAUUUUGAAAUUGGCCAUACAAUAAUGAAUGUUUUAGCCGAUUUCCGUAAUUUUCAUUAUACACUUUCAGUGGUAAAAGAUUUGUUUAUUUGUGUGGAACAACGAAAACGUGUUACAUUGUUUGUACCAAAAUUAAGUUAUGAAAAAGUAUGCAAAGUGUUAUCCACAAGUAAUGAACAUGUAUUGGCAUUUGGUGGUAAUCUUAGUCUUCGUGCUGAUUCACAUUUAGUUUGUGUACAAAAUGAAGAUGAUGAUGAUAUACAUAGUCAAUAUCGUACUGAAAUAUCUUCAUAUCCUGGUUCAUCCGAAAAAUUAACCGGAGCCAGUUUUAUUGUCUUUUCCGGUGUUCUUAAAUCUAGUACCGGUUUGAAAGCUAAAAUGAAUAUCGUAGAAGAUGGAUUAUUAGUUCAAAUACCACCAUCAUUGAUGGAAGAAUUUCGAUCGGCCAUUAAAGAUAUGAAAGAUUUUCGUAUCGAUUGUUGUAAAGUAAACGAUACUAAUAGUAAUCCAGAUGAAUGGAUUCAACUUAAAUGGGUCAACGAUGAACUAAGUACCAAUCUUGGGGUUCGAAGCCAAAUCGAUGGCCUUAAUCUGGAAGGAAUACAAAGUGCCCGAAUAUUUUCAAAUCCAGAUUAUGCUAACGAACGUUAUCUAAUCCGAUGGACCGAAGUUUUUUUACUUCAAAUCAACGAUAAUGGCCGAAGAUCAGAAGUGAUCAAUGCAAACAAAUUGGCCGAAUCGGUAGCACAAGCAUUCUGUGUAGCAUUGAUUGAUUAUUUGGAUCAACUUUAUGAAAAUGGACUGACCAAAAUAAGUUUACGUAUUAGUCUUGACAUUGAUAAGGUUGGUUAUGAAAGUGGAAGCGGUGGCAAACCAUUACCACCACAAAUAACACAACCAUUAGAUGAUGCUCUCAUACCGGUCAUAAUGAGUAAUAUUUCUACAACAGGCAUCGAAGAUCCAUUGGUCAUUGAAUUGUUAUUUUUUGUUUUACUCAAAUGAUCAAUAUUUUGAAUUUUGAAUUUUUAUGCAUUUCCUUUUUUGAGCUUUGAGAUUUUAUUUUCCAUCAUCAUCAUCAUCAUCAUCAUCAUCUU